CAAACGACUCCAAUAUGGCGAACGUGAGGGACAGUGAUACGUCGUUGUGGCUGCAUAACAAGCUCGGUACGUCGAACGAUAGCUGGACCGGCAGCUCGAUUUGCUCGCAACUCAAUGCCGAGGUAUUACGGAACAUCAAGGAUUGUUUUCCCGAUCUGCAGACGCAGGUCAAGCUCAAGCUACUCCUAUCGUUCUUCCACAUACCCAGACGCAAUGUUGAAGAGUGGCGUGUGGAACUCGAGGAAAUCAUUGAGGUUGCAGCUGUGGACAGCGAGUUGUGGGUAUCAAUGCUAUCCGAAGCGAUGAAAACUUUCCCAUCGACUGGUUCUUUAAAUACGGACAUCGCUGAUCUGGAUGAGCAUAGGCCAAUUUUCGGCGACUUAGUCAAUGAUUUGAAGAAAAUUCUGAAAAAACAGAAUGAUCCUGCUAUGCUUCCCUUAGAGUGUCAUUAUCUCAAUAAGAAUGCAUUGGCGUCGGUGGUAGGUCAGCAACCCACGCAAGUCAAACAUUUCACUCUCAAGAGGAAACCAAAAAGUGUAGCUUUGAGAGCAGAAUUACUUCAAAAAAGUACCGACGCCGCUAGUAAUCUGAAGAAGAGCACAGCUCCCACUGUACCAGUGAGGAGCAGAGGAAUGCCGAGGAAAAUGACUGAUACAACACCUUUGAAGGGAAUUCCAAGCAGAGUUCCAACGAGCGGUUUUCGGUCGCCGUCGCUCACAAACACUCCUAUGUCCAAUAGAACGUCGGUCAGCAGUAGAAUUCGAAAGGAUGGCGGUAUUAAAUUGCUUGAUAUUAACGAACAGCCUCUUGGAUACGCACAAGCGAAGAAAAGGAGAAAGAUGUUGGAGAUGGAGGAGCAGCAGAAAAAAGUUGCGGAAGCACAAGCGGCCGCUGCGGCAGCGGCGGCUUCAGCGACUUCACCGGUCGCGGAAACCCCGACGACUCCGGAGUACGCGCAAGGGUUGGCCUCGAUAAAUCCUCCUGCUACGCCCGUCGCACCAGCUGUAGCAGUUACAGCGCAAUCCUAUACCGCACCUAGCACGCCAAGCAGUAUUUCGGUUACGACCACACAGCAAACACCUACUACGUUAACUACUACCACCACCACCACCACCACCACAACGCCUGCUACUGUACUAGCAGUGGCUGCACCGACCGUGAUAACACCUGUGGAAACCAUGCCGGUCGCCGUGCAAACAGUCAAACCGGCUCAGACAGUCACGCAGAUUCGCAUACAGACAGCGCAACCUAAUGCGGCAGCUAAUCCAAGAAAAGGCCUAUCUCUUACGCGAGAACAAAUGUUGGAAGCGCAAGAAAUGUUUAGAACUGCAAAUAAAGUAACGCGACCCGAGAAGGCCCUUAUCUUAGGUUUUAUGGCUGGUUCUAGAGAUAAUCCUUGUCCAAAAUUGGGCAAUAUAGUCACAGUGAUGCUCUCGGAAAAUAUAGAAGAGGUAACACAGUCGGACGGAACAACCGUUCCGAUGUUGGUCGAAACUCAUUUCCAAAUGAAUUACACGAAUGGUGAAUGGAAGAGGAUAAAGAAAAAUCGGCGUAUCGUGACGGAGGAAUCUACAUCAACGUCUACUCCCGUGCAGAACGCGACCGCCACGGCUUCCAAUUGAAAAAAUUUGUUCAAAUUGCUAUAAUAUAGGAUCCACAUGUAUAUGAAAUAUCGUUUUGUCGUUAUUAGAGAAUAACAUUGUGAUUAUACGUUUUCUUGUGAAUUGAUAAAGAUGUUACUAAAUUAACAAUAAUUCGAUUCACGUUUCAUAUAAAAUCUAAUAAGAAUCGUUAAAUAAUGACUUUCAAAUGUCGAAUUUUCAUUUCUGAAUAACUGGCUUCUUCGUUUUCUCGCAUCAGUUAUAAUCUAUAAGCCUUGAUAAUUUUUAUAUUUGAGAUUUUUUUAGUUAAUGAAAAUUUAAUCUUAUCAUUUAUCUGCUUUCCUAGUAUCAUUGUUUAAUAAAGUUUUCUCUUAAUACACAUUUAUACAUAUAAGUAAUGUAUAUGAUUAUAAGAGUACGUAUUAUUUUGAAAUUAUAUAUAAUUUGAUAGGAAUAAUACACAAUGUGUGAAUAGUCAAAUGUUUGUUUAAUAGUACUAUUAUAUUGAAAUCUAAAUAUCAUCUACAGUAUAUGAAAACAAAUAUAUAUAUAUAUAUUUUAAUAAGAUUGAACAUAAGACUUCUAUAAUAUUGUUACUUGAAUAAACAUAUGAUUACAUUUGUGUGUGUUGCUUAUAAACAUUUUUUGCAAUUUA